CAUCUGGGUACCUUGAAUUUUCAAUCUUGUCCUUGUUUCAUUGUAGAAUUUUGAGCCUUUCUAUUCAACGAGGCUUUACUGUUAUCCAAUCCGGGUUUUAUCCGGUUCUAUUGGUGGAAUUUGUAUUCUGUCAAUGGGCGCUCUGGAUGAGGGGCAUUUUGCUGGAGAGCUUGAAAAUGGAGUGAAGUUAGGAUCUUUGGAGGUGGAUUUGAAGGACGAAUCGGAGACUACUGUCGAAAUCGAGGAUGCUGUGAAGGUUCUGUUGCAGGGUCUGGGGGAGGAUUCCAAUAGGGAAGGUCUUAAGAAGACUCCGCUUCGUGUUGCCAAGGCCCUUCGUGAAGGAACAAGAGGUUACAGGCAAAAGGUAAAAGAUAUUGUUCAAGGUGCCUUGUUUCCAGAAGCUGGUUUGGAUAGUGGAGUAGGCCAAGCAGGAGGAGCAGGUGGGCUUGUAGUUGUUCGAGACCUUGAACUCUUCUCAUACUGUGAGUCAUGCUUGCUCCCAUUCCAGGUUCAGUGCCAUGUUGGAUAUGUCCCAUCAGGGCAACGAGUGCUGGGCCUAAGCAAGCUUUCCAGGGUAGCUGAUGUGUUUGCAAAGAGACUUCAAGACCCACAGCGUCUGGCAGAUGAAGUCUGUUCAGCUUUGCAAAAUGGAAUCAAUCCAGCUGGUGUUGCAGUUGUUCUUCAAUGUUGGCAUAUUCAGUUCCCAGAAGUAGGACGAAGCUGUUGUGACCAAAGUCACCAGCCUACUAAAAUGGGCAUGCAAGGUUGGGUGAGGGCCUUUGUUUAUUCUGGUUCUGGAGUUUUUGAAAAUGAAAAAGGAGAUGUUUGGGGUGAUCUUUUGGCUCUUUUAAAGUUGAGAGGUAUAAAUAUGGAGAAAACCCAAAACCGAACCUCUGGCAGCCUCUGUUGGUGCCCUUCCAGAUCACUGGAUGUGCCAGUCUUUAACGGGCACGCAAGUGCAAGGAACUGCUGCAAGGUUUCCUCCAAAGCAGGACCUUCCCAGUCUGCCAUGAUCUCUGCUGUCGCUGCAAUUCUUCACUCUUUGGGUGAAGACCCAUCACGGAAAGAGCUUGUUGGCACGCCCCUUCGUUUCGUGCAGUGGCUGAUAAACUUUAAGAAAUCUAACUUAGAGAUUAAUCUCAACGGUUUCACUUCAGCUAAACCCACUAUGCAUCAGGAAAAUGGAAAUGCCAGCUGCAAUCAAGAUGAAAUGCAGUCUGAGCUUAACAUCCCAUUCUGGUCACAGUGUGAGCAUCAUCUCCUGCCUUUUCAUGGUGUGGUGCACAUAGGGUACCUCCAUGCCAGUGGCGACAGGCCAAUUGAGAGAUCCAUUUUGGAAUCAAUAGUACAUUUUUAUGGUUGCAAACUCCAAGUACAGGAAAGGCUUACGAGGCAGAUUGCUGAAACAGUUUCUUCAGCAUUUGGGGCAGAAGUGAUGGUGGUUGUGGAAGCCAACCACAUUUGCAUGGUCUCCAGAGGAAUUGAAAAGGUUGGAAGUAGUACAGCCACAAUUGCUGUACUCGGUAGAUUUUCAACCGAUCCCACAGCAAAGGCAAUGUUUCUACAUUCUGUUUCAGAAAGUUCUGCUUCUGCAGAAAGAUGAAUUCAUAGCUCCUUCUCCUUCCAUGUUUCUUAACGAUAUUUUUUUUCCUUGAAUUGUUUUCUGUUUUUUUUUUCCAAUACUUUUUUCUUUUCAUUAUUCCUUCUCUUCUUUUUUUCUCUUCCUAUGUUUUUGCUGUCCGCAAUGAUGAUGUGGGCAUGUCAAGAAUAAGCCAUAAGCAAGAUCCUGUUAUUGAAGAAUGGAGGCAGAAACCCUGGUUUUGUUCAAAAUUGAUGUUGGCGGCACAUGAUUACCAUCCAGUAACUGAAGUCAACCUGAGUAUGACAGCUGAAGAUCCAUUUGGUUCAAGCCUUUUUUCAUGUAUCUUAUACUUGUAGCACAAAAGCUCACAAAUGAGAGUUAUACAGAAAGUUUUGUUUAAUGGGUU